AUGUCUGGAUCUCGCAAGCUCAUCGCUGUUACUGGCGCUACUGGCCAACAAGGCUCAUCUGUCGUCGAGUUCUUGCUCAAGGACCCCGAGACCUUCACCGUACGCGCCGUAACGCGUAACGCCUCUUCCCCCGCCGCCAAGGCCCUCGCCUCGCGCGGUGUCGAAGUCGUCCAAGCCGACCUCGCCUCGCUCGACCAAACAACCAAAGCCUUCGAAGGCGCCCACGGCGUCUUCGGUCUAACCCAGUUCUACGAGCACGGCUUCGACGCCGAGCAAGCGCACGGCAAGAACAUCGCCGACGCCGCCAAAGCCGCGGGCGUGCAGCAUCUCGUCUGGUCGACCGUCGAGGGCCGCGAGGGCGAGUGUGGCGCCAUCAGCUGGCGCAGCAAGUCGCUCAUCGAGGACUACAUCGUGACGAAGGGGAUUCCCUACGUGACAUACUUCCACGUCCCGAUGUACUACCAGAACUUCUGGACCAGUUUCUUUGCGCCGGCGUACGACGAGGAGAAGGGGUUCAACUGGAGCGUGCCGUUCUUGCCGGAUGUACCGAUCUUUGCGUUCAGCGUCGAGGACUCUGGAGGGCUCGUCGUUCCUGCUUUCAAGGACCCCGCAAAGUACAAUGGCGUGCGCAUCAAGACCGUCACAGAGUUCCUCUCGUUGCGCGACCUCGCGACCCAGUUCUCCGAGGUCACCGGCGAGAAAGCCAGCCUCGCGCUCGAGCUCACGCGCGAGCAGUUCGAGGCGUCGCGCCACGCGCCGCACCCUGCAGCGGAGCUCAUGUACCUGUCCUGGGAGUAUGUCAUCCGCGCCGGCCCCGACUCGGGCGUGAGGGAUGCCGAGCAGACGCGCUCGAUCUACCCUGGUGUUAAGACGUAUAAGGAGUGGGUGAAGGAUGCGCCGAUGGUGAAGGAGUUGGUUGCGAAGCUUAAGGCGGAGGCGGCUGCGAAGAAGGCUUGA